CGCGUUGUCGCGCAGCUCGUCGGCUGGAAGUGGUGGGCGUUUCUGCGUCUUCGUCAGUGUGUUGGUGCUGUGAACUGAAGCGUACCCUCUGGUUCACGACCCGCGACUCUCAUCCGAUGUUUCUCCCUACGCUUGUGGAGGACAUGCAUCAUUUUAAGCCUAGUCGGGACAGAUUGUACACCACCAGGUGCUGUGGAUGUUGCCAUGUCCGGACGGGGACCAUCAUCCUCGGAACCUGGUACAUGGUCGUCAACCUGUUGAUGGGCAUCCUGUUGACCGUAGCUGUGACCCACCCGGAGAACGUGCCCACCAUCGACUUGCAAUAUGAGGUCAUCGACCAUUACUUUGCCUCCAACAGGAUGUCUGAGAAUGCCUGUGUGGGGUUUGCCAUUUCUCUGCUGAUGCUCACUAUCAGUGCCAUGAUGGUGUAUGGAGCCAUUACUCAUCGUGAUGGAUGGCUCAUCCCGUUUUUCUGCUACCAGCUGUUUGACUUUGCUCUGAGCUGCCUGGUGGCAGUCAGUUCUCUCACCUACCUGCCCAGGAUCAAGGACUACCUGGACCAGCUGCCGGAUUUCCCUUACAAGGAUAACCUGCUCUCUAUGGACUCCAGCUGCCUGCUGUUCUUUGUGCUGGUCUUCUUUGCCUUCCUCAUCAUCCUCAAGGCUUACUUGAUCAACUGUGUGUGGAACUGCUACAAGUACAUCAACAACAGGAACAUGCCGGAGAUCGCUGUCUACCCUGCCUUUGAGACUCCUCCCCAGUACAUCCUCCCCACCUACGAGAUGGCAAUGAAGAUGCCAGAGAAGGAACCUCCCCCCCCUUACAUGCCCGCCUAAUCACCAGCACCGGUUGUUGCCAAAACAGACACGCACAUACAGUAUGCACACAUCCCCAUCAUAUGCAUUCCUACAUUCCUUCACUAACCCUCUCUGAACACCGACGCCACCCUCAUCUUCAUCUUCAUCAUCCUCUGACCUGCUGUG